AGACAAGACAGGACGAGACUUGAGAAGCAAAGCAGGAAAGAUAAGGGAGACGGGAUCCCUCCGAGACGAGAGAGAUGCGUCCGCUUUCAUUGAGAGCCAGAGAGAAAAAGCUUCUUUAUACCAGUUUCAUAAAAUAGUUUUAAGUUCAAUGUUCAAUGAGACUUUUCAGCAUUAUUCAGCAGGGAGAGAGGAGAGGGGAUACAGCCUUGUUGGGAGCCACUUGAUGGUUCUAAGUAUUGGAGGACUUAUUCUGGACAAGACUGUGUCAGAUCCAAACCUUGCUGGAAUCCUAGUUUAUGCUCCAGUUAUAAAUGGUAUUGGAGGAAACCUUGUCUCAAUACAGUCCAGUCGUAUUUCUACCAAUUUGCAUUUGAAUUACUCACCUAGAGAGGUUCCUGAAGACCGUAGGAGCUGUUACAACCCCUGUCGCACUUUCUUAGGUUCAGGAGCAAACCACCGAUCUGCUCAGAUUCUCCUUCUUUUGGUGAUCCCCGGUCAGCUUGUCUUUGUGCACACUAUACAUCUGAUGAAAGGAGGCCACACUUUGCCCAGUCCUCUCUUCACUAUCGCCUUUUUGUCAGCUUCCCUGAUUCAGGUAUUCUCCCUGCUGUGUAUAGCUGACUGUAUGGUCCACUGUCUAUGGCGGAGGGGUAAAGAUCCCGACAGUUACUCAAUACCCUACUUGACAGCCCUCGGAGACCUAUUUGGGACUGCUCUCCUCUCUCUUGCUUUUCUCAUGCUGUGGUGCAUUGGUGACUCAGGCAGUGUGUAGCUUCAAGGCAAGAACAGACUUGAGGAAAAGACAAAUACAACAAAAGAUCACAUACCACUGGGCAACAAAUAGUGGCACAUUUACAACUUUCACAACUACCUUAAGGCUAGUACAGUUAAGUGCAACUAAUUUUAACUUUUUGGACACUGAACAGAAGGAAAUAAACACAUAAUUAUAUGUCCCUGAAAAGGAAUGUUAUAUCUUGACGAAUCAACUUGUGGUUAACUGUCAACAAAAUGUAGAGGAAAAUUAUUACUGUUUAGUAAUUCUCUGUAUUGACCUAAGCAUGAACCAUAGUUAUCUGCUUUAAUCUUUGUAUGCAAUCUUUGUAUGAACCACAACUUUACUGCUCCAGGGAAGUAGGCCUGGCUCCAUUUCCGGCUGAACUGUACCCGAACUCAAAGGCAAACCCCUAAUACUGUAGAUGACCGAGUACAAUAACCACAUUAUGUGCCAAGACUGAAAUAUAGCCUAGCCUACACCUAGAACUUCAUUCAAUUUGGUUUGAGCCUGCUUUUAGAAGUGCAUUUUUUACGACUUACUAAUGUCCAUGAUUUAAUAAUGCCUAUCUGUUCAUUAGAUGUAACUGUUGAUCCUUUGUUCUUAAGCGUAUAAAAACCCUGGUGAAGAUGCACACAGCAUCGAUUCCUCGGCAGUCGCUGACUGUCACUUUGCUGGUUUCGAUCC